UGUUCCUCCACGAAGAAGUCCGCUCAUUUUUGUGAGUUGAAAUACAAAUUAGCGGUGCGUAAACGUUUUUUUCUUCUCUCUUUUGGCUUGACUAGUCAGGAAUGAUCGAGCCUAAGAAGAGAACCACCGACAUGGCCGUGGUCCCCGUAGUUAAGCGGCCCCGGAUGGAGCUGGUCGCCGCGGCUCAAUCUCAGGAACUCGUGGCGGCGGGUCCACCCCGGAGCUCCAGUCUCCAGGCUCCCAUUAUGCUAAUGUCUGGCCAUGAAGGAGAGGUCUACUGCUGCAAGUUCCAUCCCAAUGGAGCCACCCUUGCCUCCUCAGGACUUGACAGGCUCAUAUUGAUGUGGAAUGUUUAUGGAGAUUGCGAUAACUUCGCCACUCUAAAAGGCCACAGUGGAGCAGUAAUGGAGCUGCACUACAAUACAGAUGGCAGCAUGCUGUUCUCAGCAAGCACAGAUAAGACUGUGGGCGUGUGGGAUAGUGAGACAGGCGAGAGAAUCAAGCGACUCAAGGGCCACACUUCCUUCGUCAACUCCUGCUACCCGGCUCGCCGUGGCCCCCAGCUGGUUUGCACUGGCAGUGAUGAUGGGACUGUCAAGCUGUGGGACAUCCGUAAAAAGGGGGCAGUCCAUACUUUCCAGAACACCUAUCAAGUGCUGGCAGUCACAUUCAAUGACACCAGUGAUCAGAUCCUAUCAGGAGGCAUCGACAAUGAUAUCAAGGUUUGGGACCUGAGGCAGAAUAAGCUGAUCUACAGUAUGCACGGCCAUGGAGACUCAAUUACUGGACUCAGCCUGAGCUCUGAGGGAUCCUACCUCCUAUCCAACUCCAUGGACAACACAGUGCGUAUUUGGGAUGUUAGGCCAUUCGCCCCCAAAGAGAGAUGUGUGAAGAUUUUCCAGGGGAAUGUUCACAACUUUGAGAAGAAUCUGCUGAGGUGCUCUUGGUCUGCAGAUGGCAGUAAGAUAGCUGCAGGCUCUGCUGACAGAUUUGUAUACGUGUGGGACACCACCUCUCGUAGAAUCUUGUACAAGUUGCCGGGCCAUGCUGGCUCCGUCAACGAAGUGUCCUUCCACCCGGAGGAGGCCAUAGUGCUGUCUGGUUCCAGUGAUAAACGGCUCUACAUGGGUGAAAUUCAGUAGUGUGUGCGCGCAUGUGUGUGUGCGUGUGUGUGUGUGUGUGUGUGUGUGUGUGUGUGUGUGGUUGCGAUCUGAGUGUCCAGCUCUGGAACUGGAUGGGGGUUGCUCCACAGUCAUCUAGCAGUCUGUAUUUUUUAUACUUCUUGUCUCGCAACAACCCUCAGGACAUUUUUUGAGUUUGUUAUGUUCAGUCGCAACAAGGCAACAAACGUGGAUUUUUCCCUCUCCCUUUGUUUUAAAAUAAACU